CUAAUUUUGAAUCCCUUCGAAAUGUUACCACGUCGCAGGAAAAGAAUUUAUACCUUUCUGAUAUUACUUUUAAUAAUAUUUCUGUACCAUAAGUCAUUUGAUACUAUGGAUUUUAUAAACCGACGUGCGGAACUACCAACUUGGGGAAAUAAUGUUUCUCGAAAGAUAAGUGACUACCUGGAUCCAGAUAAGGAAACAGCCCUCAUAGUUCCGAAAGGAUUCUGCCAGGAUAAAGCCAUCCUUAUAAUAGCUGUUGCCUCCAAGUUGAAAAACUUUAAACAGCGCUCGCUUAUCCGUCAGACAUGGGGUAAUACCAACGAUUUUAACUAUCCAGCUUUUGUGAAGUUCCAUGGAUAUUCAGUGGAAAACUUUCUGCAACCUCUGCCAGAACAUAUGAACCUAUUUAAGGACUAUUUGCAGGGCAGAGGUGAGCAAAUGAGACUCAACGUGCGUUUAGUAUUUGUUGUUGGUCGCAGUCGGGAUAAGAGCAGUACUAUAUAUAUGAAGAGAGAAGCCGAAUUGCACAAUGAUAUCAUUCAGGAGGACUUUGUGGACUGCUACCAGAACCUGACAUUGAAGUCAGUGAUGAUCCUUAAACAUAUAGCGAAUAAUUGUACGAAGAACUCGGCUUUCUUUUUAAAAUGCGAUGAUGAUUCCUUUGUGAACAUUCCCAACCUUUUGCACUAUAUAUUGGGGGGUACGAUUCCCCUCUACAAGGACACUUUGGAAUACUAUGAUCGUACUUCCUAUAAACCCACGGAUCGUCUUAAUCGAACCAAGAACUUGAUAAUGGGACAUAGAUUCUGCAAUGUCCUGCCAUCCAGAGAUGUCUCUGAUAAGUCGUACAUGCCAUCCUCCAUGUAUCCCCUCGACAUAUAUCCCGACUAUAUAUCCGGAUCGGGCUAUCUGAUUUCUAUGGACGUAGUGCCAACGCUAUAUACUACUGCCUUGGAUACGAAUUUCUUGCCCCUGGAGGAUGUCUUUAUAACCGGGAUCUGUGCAGACAUAGCCGGGAUUGAAAGACUCCAUCAUCCGCUUUUUAGUCCUUUUACCCCAGAAGGACUGUGCAGCCUUAAAGGGAGCAUCCUUAGCCACAGGGUGGAGCACUGGGAGAUGGCAUGGGACGUCCUAGUUUCCGACUACAACAUUAAAUGCCAGACUCUAGCACCUCACACAAUAAACUGGACACUAAACGGGGCCAAAGACAAGUGCAACUUUGAUUUAUUCAGCCAAAAGUUUUAUUACUUCAUGAAAUAUUUAAAACUAGGUAUAGGAAUUUAA